AUGAGUCCAUCUUCUUCGCACAACAACAUUUCCAAAAAUGUUGGAAGGACAGUGUAUAGAGUAUUAAAUCAAGAUUUUAUUGUGGAGACAGGGUUCCGACCGAAAAAGUUGAUUGGUAAUGGAUCCUAUGGGGUCGUGUGUUCUGCUGAAUAUUUUAAUCCAUCUGGGAUUGCUACAGUUGCUAUUAAGAAGGUUCCAAAAGUAUUUGCGUCGACAUUGAUGACUAAAAGAGUACUUCGAGAGAUUGUGCUACUUAGUCAUCUAAGAGGUCAUCCUAAUAUUGUGAGCUUAUACGACUUGGAUCUUGUCUAUAGCCCCAACGGUCAAGUCAAUGGUUUAUAUAUUUAUGAAGAACUAAUGGAUUCUGAUCUUGAUCAAAUUAUAAAGUCCGGUCAACAAUUAACAGAUGCACAUUGUCAGAAUUUUGUAUAUCAAAUCCUUUGUGGACUCAAAUAUAUUCAUUCAGCUGGAGUAUUACAUAGAGACUUGAAACCAAACAAUAUAUUGGUGAAUGCUGACUGUCAUUUGAAAAUAAGUGAUUUCGGUCUAUCAAGAGGUUAUUCUGAUGAUUGGACAGAAAAUAAUCAUUUCUUGACAGAGUUUGUAGCAGCAAGAUGGUACAGAGCUCCCGAACUAAUGUUGAAUUAUCAUGGUUAUACGAAAGCAAUUGAUAUUUGGUCCGUUGGAUGCAUAUUUGCAGAAUUGUUAGGACGGGUUCCAUUGUUUCAAGGAAAUGAUUAUGUGAAUCAGUUAAAUAGAAUAUUACAAGUCCUUGGGACACCUUCUGAACAGACUUUGAACCAAAUACGAUCAAGGAAUGUUAGAGCAUACAUUCAACAACUGGGGACCACAAGAGGCUUACCUUUCAACACAUUAUUUCCAUCAGCAACAGAUUCAGCCAUUAAUCUACUUACUCAAAUGUUACGAUAUAGCCCCGAGACACGAAUAACAGUGCAACAAGCACUAAAUCAUUCAUAUUUACAAAUAUGGCAUGACCCUAAUGAUGAACCAAUCUGUAUGGAGAAAGUUAGUUUUGAAUUUGAAAAAUAUAAUCAUACAGAAACUUUGAAACAAUUGGUCGAAGAACGAGUAAAUGAGUUCAGAUAUAUUGUUAGGUACAUAUUGAAGGACUCUGUAAAUGAAAAAAAUAUCAAAAGGGAGUCGUCUAUAUAA